AGUUGCAUAAAUUACAUGCACCCGUGUUUUUAUUGUGAAGAAAAGAUAUGCAGGUAAGUUUGAAUAUCAUUGAAGCUGCUUAAUGCGUUCGACAUGUUAGCUGCGUAUAAUAUUACUGAAACAUGUAUUGAAUCUAUUGAUAUAUCUUCUCCUCCAUUCAUUCGCUCCCUCUCCUGGUUCUCCGUAGCUCUCUCCCUCUCUCAAAGAAGCCAACAAAGCCAGAAAACAUAUUCUCCCAUUGACAAUUUAUAAGAGACGUAGUCUAGAUACGAUCCACAUUGACUCAGAAGUUGUAUAUUAAACUAUUAAAGCGCCAUGGCCAUGGAGAAAAAGCUUUGUUUCAUUGUCAUUCUAUCAAUGUGUCUCCUAAAUGUCGAAUUCUCACGUGCACAGGAGGAUUCUCCAUCACCUGCUACCUCACCGAAACGUGCGGCACCAGCCCAUUCUCCUCUGCCACCGUCUUCUUCCUCUUCACCGGAAUCACAUUCCUCUCCCUCACUAUCACCAUCACCAGCACAUUCUCCUCUGCCACCGUCUUCUUCCUCUUCACCGCAAUCACAUUCCUCUCCCUCACCAUCACCAUCACCAUCACCAGCACAUUCUCCUCUGCCAUCGUCUUCUUCUUCACCGGAAUCACAUUCCUCUCCCUCUCCCUCUCCAUCAUCAUCACCAUCACCAUCACAUUCUCCUCUGCCACCGCCUUCUUCAUCACCGGAAUCACAUUCCUCUCCCUCUCCCUCACCAUCACCCGAAGGUGUUUCUCUUCCGGCACCAGCUUCAUCACCAGAUUCUCCAUCACCAUCUCCUCAGCAGGAAUCUCCCUCAUCUUUUUCUCCCUCUCCUGACUCUCCUGAACCAGCACCUGCUCCUGCUCCAUCAGAAGACGAUGCAGAUGAUGAUUUAGAUGAGGAGGAGACAGAGGAUAUCCCUUCUCAGACCCCCUCUCCUGGACCGGAAGAAGAAGGUAAACCAGAAGACAUCAAAGCAAGCGAGAAAGCAAGCGAAGAGAAAGCAAGCGAGGAUGGCGAAUACGAGUAUGAGGGAAGCGAUCGCGGGCUGAGUGGAUGGCAGAAAGCAGGGAUCACCAUUGGAGCAAUAAUUGGAGUAGGAGCCAUUAUAAUAGGAGCUCUCGUUUACAAGAAACGACAAGAUAACUUGGCAAGAGCUCGUUACACUUACUUUAACCAAUCAGAGUUUCUUUAA